AUGAUUGCAAAAAGUUUUGAGAGGAUCCAUCGCAGUAAUUUGGUUGGAUGGGUAUUGUUCCGCUUUGUUUCAAGCCUGGUGAAGAUGCAGACUCACUUGGCUUGACAGGUCAUGAGGGUUAUACCAUUGACCUUCCCAGUAAAAUUAACGAGAUAAGGCCUGGUCAAGAUGUUACUGUUAGGACUGACACUGGAAAAUCUUUCACCUGCACAGUUCGCUUUGACACCGAGGUGGAAUUGGCAUAUUUUGACCAUGGAGGCAUCCUUCCUCAUGUUAUUUGGCAACUGAUUACAUAAUAAUUGAUAUUAGUCUUCAGCAGCUUGCUCCUCCAUUGAGCUGUUCCAGUUCUAAUACGUGAGAAGAGAAUAAAGUUUGUAAGAAUAUAAGCUAAUCCCUUGCAGGGAUCGGGGAUUUUCAAUUUACUUCCACCUGGCAGGCAAGUUCAUGUGCCAACGAAAGGUAGAACAAAUUUUUGUAAUGAAGUCCUCUUUUCUUUUUUCCCCUUA